AUGGACCGCGUCUUUGAAGGUCUCAUAGGGAAGAAUGUCAACGUGUACAUUGACGAUGUUGUCGUGUACGCUGAUGAUUUGGAUACGUUGUUUGAGCGUCUGGACGAGGUGCUCGGGAGGUGCUGCGAGGAAGGUUUGUUUCUUAACCUGAAGAAGG